GUUACUUGACGCACAUGGUGCUCUCACUGCAGGCUCACUUUAACAUAUCGCAUAAAUAGCCUUCAAAAUGACGUGACGGGAACAAUGUAGGCUACUGCACUUCAUAAAGGCACACAUGACAAGCCGCGGCCUUUUACGUUCAGGGUCAAAUCUUUACAAGUCACCCGGCCUUGAGCUGCAGUUGACUUGUUGUUCAACACGCAGACUUGAAAGUUAAACACAGCCAAAUCGCUCGUACCAGUGUUCCUCGCAUUGAACAUAAUCCACCAUGAGCAUUACCGAACAAAUCCAGGCGUUGAUGCCGGACUUGGUCAACGGGAAAACACUCCAACAACUGGAGGAGGAGUUGGCUGCUACCGACAAGCAGAUGGGCUGCCAUGUCGUAAAUGGGAGAAAAUUCCCGGGUUUCAUUCCGCAGUCCAAUCUGGAAGCUCUGAGGACUUUUGAAGUGCGCGAUGACGACGUGUACGUCUUCACCUACCCAAGAUCAGGCACACACUGGAUGAGUGAAAUACUGCAUUAUAUCCUUCACGAUGGGAAGGGCGAUUUCAACCGUUCUUUCAUGACCAACGUUUUGGAGAUGACGAUGGCAGAAGACCCAUCUCAACUUGAGAGUGUGACCCCCGGGUACAAGAUGUACGCAGCCAUGGCAUCGCCACGGUGCAUCUUAAGCCACUGCUUGGAGAGUUUUCGACCUCCUCAGAUCUUAACUAAGCAAGCAAAGGUGGUGUACGUGGCCCGAAACCCAAAGGAUAUGCUCGUUUCUUUAUUCAACAUGGCAUCACAUUGGCAUUUUGAUGAGGUGUUCUGGGCAUUUUGCCACGGGAAAAUGGUAAUGGGAUGUUGGUUUGAGCACGUGCUCAGCUAUUGGAACCAGCGGGACAAGGAGAAUUUUCUGUUUGUAAAGUACGAAGAUCUCCACAAGGACCUCAGAGGAUCCAUUUGCAAAUUAGCUCAGCAUGUCGGGAAGGAUCUACCCGAUGACGUCAUCGAUGACAUCCUGGAGCGCGUGACCUUUGGUGGGAUGCAGAAGACUUAUCAACAGAUUGAGGAAGAACGUGGGGAGAAGGGGAAACGCAUGACGCGUUACCGAGGAGUGGUUCCGUAUCUUAGACAAGGCCAAGUCGGCAACUGGAAGAACACUUUCACGGUGGCACAGAGCGCCCUCUUCGACAAGAUCUACGCAUUGAAGAUGGAAGGGACCGGCUUGGAUUUUGACUUUGAGCUUUGAGAGCCCCGAUGUGAGACGUGCUGCUCUAGCUGCCCUAUACUACUGCAUAUAAUUGCCUCUCUGUAUUCCAUUCUGUAGAGCUUUACCAGAUAGGACCUAAGCCUACGAUUAUAAUUUCGGAUGCGGGAUAGAUCUUGUCAAAAGAGGCCUAUUAUAAUACAGUUUCAGUUGUAUACUCGCGCUAACAUGGGUCCAGAACUUCCUGUCGAUAAAUAUUGAAAUUAGAAAAUAUAUCACACAUAAUAUUGUCUACAGUGGCGUAACUAAAGUGUGACCAAAAUCUGGAUCGGGAUCCCAUUGGGUCUCAGUUCAAUGGUACCCGUGUGAUUUUAUUCCUGAAAUGAUCUUUGCAUGUAGGCCUACAUGUACAUGUACACACAGAGUAAUAAUGGAAAUAUCAUUCUAACUAUAUGGUAAUUGUAUACCGUCGUUUCAAUUUUGUACUGCCACAAUUAAACCGGCACGCUAUGUAUAUUCAUGGAAUGUUGUAUGAUGUACAAGCAUUGUUGUACCACUUUUGAAAAGUACCAUAUGGUGGCACCAUGGUACUCAUACCAUCCCAUACCAUGGUAGGGUCAAAGUACCAUGAACAAUACAGUACCAUAGUAUUACUACAGAAUCAAUAAACAAGAUAUGCCAGCCUUUUUAAAAAUCACUGAGAUUGGCACGUCUUAAAGAUACCUCUUGGGAAACUC